UGUGCGACUGUAUUCGUUUCCAUCGCGUCGGGGAUUUAAUAGUCCAAUUAAGUCACAUAUACAUAAACAUAUAUUGACAGGUGGUGCUAUGUGUACGCUUGAAUGCGAGGCGGGGGCGUGAGCGCCGUUUGGGAUCCCUGCACUUAGAGAGCAAAUCAGUGGCGAUGUAAGCGUUCGUUCGUGCGUGUAACAAAAAACAAAAAAAAAAAAAAACAGAAAUAGAAAUAGAAGUGAAAAAGUUUAACAUUUUGUUGCAUUUGUGAAAUUAAAUGAAAAGUGUGCGAAUUUGCAUAUUUAAUGAAGCAACAAAACGGCGUCGCGAGACUUCCGGAAAAAUACGAGCUGGUGAAAAGCAAAGAGUGUAGCCAUAGUUGUUAGCGUUUAGUUUAUUGUGGGCGAAGGCAGCUAGACGCGCGACAGGCUAUACGUACAAGUAUAAAUUGGCAUACCAAUACAUGCAAAUAUUCUUCAUACACACGUACAUAUGUAUGUAGUAACGCGGCGAAACCCAUACAAAUCGUACUUCAACUUGGAAGCGGCUGAAAGUGGAGGAGUGUGAAAAAUUGCGCACGCGCUGUAUGAGGCAUGACCGCUGCGGUAAUUUAUGACAAAAUAAUAAUAAUAUGCGGCAAGAGCAAAGGAAACAAAAAAAAAUACAAACAAAAUUCAUAUGAAAAUAACCCGAAAUUGAAAACUUUAAAAAUAAAGUAGAAAUCUAUGAGAAAACAGUGCUUAUGAACCAGUGGAAUGUAUAAAAAUGAAGCCCGUUUGUUACUGGUUAAGUUUAACAGAUUAACUGAAGACGUCUAAGAAGUAGAAGAAGCAGCAUUGAAUUUGACGAGACACUGACGCAAGCUGUAAACAACGAAUGCUUAAUGAAUGAAAUCGGUUCCAUGUGAUCUUAUCAAACCACUUACCCAUCGCAGAGCACUUGCUGAUGAGCGUAUCAAGCAGCGCAUACCAAAAGUGAAAGCAUUUACCGAAUUUGUUGUGCGUUGUGGUGAGCUUCUAUUACUCGUUUCACUAUCGUUCAUCCAUCAAAGCACUGACAGCAAGAGCAGCUAAUCAUAGAUCUGCAGUAUCAUUGCCAAUAUCUUCUUGCCACCCAUCGUCAAACUCAGUGACAGUAAUAGCCACACAUUGACGGCUCAGCUGCUGCGGCGUGCGACGCCAUGGUGGAAUCGUCGGCAAUCGGCCGGCCACUGACUGGAUGUGUAAAUCCACAGCAGCCGGCAACAGCUGCCAUCACCGCCGCACAGCACUCGCCAUCUGGCAUGAGAAGCGGCACGCUGGAGACGCGUGUAAGAGGCGCCUGGUAUCGGGUGCUGGUGACGCUGGAAACCGACUUUCUGGCAAUUAGUUUGGACGAGUCCUGUGAUGCGGCGGCAAUCAGUGUGGAUCAAUCGACCACACUGAACGGCACUUUGGGCAGCAACCACAGCGGUCAUAAUGGUUCCAUACCUUCGUCAGCAUCCAUGCAGGGUAUGGGCGGCGUGGGCGGCUCCGGUGCCGGUAGUGGCACUGACGCGGACUGUACAGAUAACGGCUGCAGCGGCAACAGUGGUGACCAUUUGCUGAACAACAAUACCAUGGACAAUGGCCUGGAUAUGUGCGAUGUACCUGAUCAUGUGGCAAAUCAAAAGAGACAUGUACGCAUCAUUAAAUCAGACAACAACGGCCUCGGCAUUUCCAUUAAGGGCGGUCGCGAAAAUCGUAUGCCUAUACUGAUAUCGAAAAUAUUUCGUGGCAUGGCCGCGGAUCAGGCAAAGGGGCUGUACGUGGGUGAUGCCAUAUUGUCGGUGAAUGGCGAAGAGCUGCGUGAGGCGACACACGAUGAGGCGGUGCGUGCGUUGAAACGAGCCGGACGAGUGGUGGAUUUGGAAGUGAAAUUUCUGCGGGAAGUGACACCAUAUUUUCGAAAGGCCAGCAUAAUUUCCGAGGUAGGCUGGGAGUUGCAGCGAGCCUUUCUAUGUCCGUUGGGACCUGGUGCGCCCACAUCACCGCCAGCGCCGAAAAUAACUCCGCGCGCCGAUACGCGUUACAUACCCUUGCAGUUGACACACUUGGCGCGAAAUUUGAAAUACAUUGAUCCGGAAAACCGUUGUAUCGAACUACAUUCGCCGGACGGUGUGCACUCGUGCAUUCUGCGCGCCUCCGAUUCGGCCGAGGCAUUGGUCUGGUUCAAUGCGCUGCACUCGGCCAUGUGUGGCAGCACUCAACGCGCCCUCACCGAUGCCAAUCGCGCGCUGAUGAACGUCAUCGGGGAGCUGAAGCACAUCGGCUGGCUGAGUAGGCGCUUGAAUGGUGGCAGCACCAGUGGUGGCGGAGGCGCAGGAGGUGGCGGCGGAAGCUCUGGCAGUGGUGGUGGUGGCGGUGGCAGCAGUGCCAGUGCCACUGGCGGCGGCGGGGCAGCAGAUUUGCCAAGUGGACGUUCCAGCUCGGAGAGUUCCGAUGAAAACGAAAAAUGGCAGCCAAUUUUUGUCGCAGUAACCGAGCGCGAAUUCAGGAUUUACGAGUCGGCUCCUUGGUCAGUGGAAGCCUGGGGACGCCCGUUGGAGAGCUUCGCAUUGGCAACGACUAGACUGGCUGGCGCUGGCAAUAAUUCAUCUUUGAAUGGUCAACAGACGACAGUUUUCUGCGUGCGCUGUGGCACCACCCGCGGCGUUCUUGUCUACUGGCUGCGCUCGGAGACGCAUCGCGAUAUGGCCACGUGGGCACGAGCCCUCGUGCAGGGCUCCCACAACGCCGUCAAUUAUCAGCGGGAAUUCUUGUUUCGCUGCCUCUACCAGGGCAGACAGUGUCAAUUGGUUGUGCAUUUGAAUCGCGGCUUCUGCCUGUACGACUGCAGCGGCUAUGCGGCGGCGGGGGUGGUUGUGCCACCCAAUCAGACCAAAACUCAAUUGUGGCAAUUUCCGUUCGACAAAUUAAAGGGUUCAGCGGAUGAUGGCAUACGAAUGUUGUAUUUGGAUUUUGGCGAUGACGGCGAAAUUGAGCUCGACAUGGAAUGUUGCCCCAAGCCGGUGGUUUUUGUGGUGCAUAAUUGCCUCUCAGCGAAGGUGCAUUCCAUUACCUAAGAGAAGGCGAAACUUCAAGCUGAGCCGUCAGGUAGAGAAAAAAUACUUGAAUUAAAGUUAAAUGUAAUUUAAUUGAAUGGCAACUUAUCCAUAAGCAAAUAGAAGAGGAAAGAAAUUUCGUAGCAACAAUUUUUGUAAUUUCAUACCAAACAGUGACGAGUGAAUGGAAUAUAUCAAAUUUAUUUAGUACUUGUGCAUGUAAUUAUAAAGUAUUUUCAUUACAGAGUAGGAACAAUAAGUAAUUAUGUACUUAUGUAUUGCGUAUGCGGCAAGCGAUGUGUGUGCUUCCUUGUUUUAGAAGUGGUCGCAAAUCAGUCUUCAAAAUCAUAAAAUAAAAAAAGCUAUAAAUACUUGUAAAAGUUGAAAGAGGGGUAAUAUAAGUAAAUCACUGUAUUUUCAGCACUAAACAUGUCCUCAAUUAAUACAUACAUAUAUACACACACAUAUAUAUGGUACUUUAAGGUAAUUGCAUAGACUACUUUUUUACUUCACUAUCUGCAGCAGCGAAAUGCGUACUGUUUUAGAGUCGCAAGUUAAAAAUUAUGAAUCCGACUAAAAUUGUGAAUUUUGAAUUAAAGCGCACAAGAAAUGCAUGGAAGUGAUUAAAAAUUCGAAUCAAAAAUAAAAUGAAAGAAACAAGUAAAAAAAAAAAAAACAAAAAACACAAAAAAAUUCACUUACAAUGUGUAAAAAAUAUCUCUUUUUCAAAUCUAUACAAUUAAAUUGCAUAUUCGGACAAAUGUUUAAUUAACAAAUGCAAACACAAACUAAAGCCAAUUGUUUUCCCAACAACAACAAGAGCACGUGUUAUUUACCACAAUAACAAACAUAUUUGCAAAUGUUUAAAGUUUAAAUGCAGUGUUUGCACGUUUGUACAUACACACAUACACAUUCGUAUAUUCGUAUUCGUAUGUAUAGUCAGAAUGCAUACCGAACAAAACAACCGACGAUAAUAAUUAUAUUUUAAAGCUAAACAAAAAAUAUUAAAUUUAAAUUUACAACUGCAAACAAACUACAUUUACCAACACUAUAAAAAGCAACAAUUACUGCUAAAAAAACAUAUCUGUCAGCUGCAUCUGUAUGCAUAAGUUUAAUAAUAUUAAUUACAAUUAUCAUAGUGUACGCACAGAUAAAAUCAAAUAAAUAGAAUUAGAAAGGAAAAAAUUUAAAUUUCAGAAGAUAAAACAAAAUGAAAUAAAUUCGUUUUUGGCAGCAAUGAAAGGACAGUCACGAAAAUGUGGAACACUUUUUUCUCUAAUUGUAAGCUUCUCUAUACAUAUGGAAAAUAUACAAAUCUUAUCAAUUACCACUUAAAUACUAACUAAUUAUAUUAAAAACAUGUUUAAAAAAUAUCAGCCACACACUUGAACAGCAAAGAAACAAAGCAGAAACAC